AUGAAAACGAGUAUAUCUUUGGAAAAUGCAUCGUAUGAUAUGGUGAACUCGCAUGUUAGUUCAUUUCAUCAUAUUGAAUUGAUAGCUGAAUUGGCCUACUGGUCAAUUGAUGAACUAUUGUGUCAUUUGCUGAAUGAAUUGCAUUCACAUGAAAUACAUGCAUCAAGUUCGUCAUUGAAAUGCCCUAAAUCAUCACCCUUAUGGCUUAAAUAUUUACAAUUGAUUAGCUCAUUGUUAGGUGAUUGUUUUCACCAUAUAUUGUGUAUAAUAAAUGAUAAAAACGUAUCAUCUAAUCAUUCCUCAGGAGUAAAUCAAGUGUUGCAUAAUUCUCCUUUAAACGAUUUAAUACAUGCAUAUCUUGUGAUAGGCCUCACUGAAUGUGCUCACGUUAUCACUAGGCUAGCACAUACAUUUGCUCAGGCUAUUCAAUUUAAAUUGAAUUCCUUAUCAGUUACUCUAGUAAAUCAAAUUGAUAAUGUCAACUACUUGUUUCAGGUUUGUGAACCGAAUACUAACUGCGAUUUGUUUCCUUCCCCCAAUGAUACAAAUAUGGAUGCUGAUAAAGCGGAUGAACAAGUUUCUAAUACGAAUGAUCACCCCUAUCAGUGUGAUCAAAACGGUAGUGAAGACGAGGAAAAAAAUGAUAUCGCGAAAGCCGAAUGGAGAUUUCUAUGUAAUUUACCUGAAGUUCAGCUAAGUGGAUCUAUCAGUUUAUUCGAAUUGGCAUGUGAUUGCCUUCUACCAAACAUUUAUCCAACUUUAUUUGGAUUAUUUAAAGCGCAAUAUUCUAUGCUUGAUCAGUCCUACUGGAUAUAUUGUCAAGCUUUGCAUUGUAAAUCUGAUUCCAUUCUAUAUUCCUACCUUGAAUUGGACCAAAAUUUAUGGUUAUGGGAACCUUCGUCUUCUAGUGAAUCCACAUUACCCUUAUCGGAAAGAUAUUCUGCUUUUCAUCCGGCGGUGGAUAUUCUUCGUAAGUUAAGUCAAAAAAUAACUCCAACCGAAAAGCUUCUGAUCAUUUACCAAACAUUCGCUACGGUGGAUCAUAUAGUCAGUAAAAGUGAGCUUUCGCGUCAUCCUACUCAAGAAACAUCAGAUGAGAGUCACAGCUGUAGAAAUCUUUCGAUUUGUUCAGUGGAUACUCUGUUACAUUUACCUGGGCUUGAUCAGCUACUACCUAUCAUACAAUUUGUUGUUAUUCGCGCUGGUAUAAUGUAUUUAGGUGCUGAGUUGGCGUAUAUUGAACAAUUGGCUCCAGAACGCCUAUCACUCACUGGUUUAUUGCCAUAUCUAAUGACUACAAUGCAAGCGUGCUAUGAUCAAAUCCUACGUGAAGAUGACCUUACUUCUUUUUCGAAAAAUGAGCUACAGCAUAUGAAAAUUUCUUGGGAUAUCAUUACUUCUAUGGGCGUACAAAUACCGCCAAUUCAAGGUGUACAUUUAGUCAGUCAUUGGUUUUCUGAAUGGAAUGGUUUAGAACGUGAAUUAUUCCUUUCCACAUUGAGUUGUCUUGAAGAAAUCAGUUGCUAUUCACCUACUGAAUCAUCAUCAUCAUCAACAACAAACGAUGGGAUUAAUAUGUUCAACAAUCAUGCUUGUGAUAAUGCUGAUCACCAAAUGACAGAUACAUUUUUAGCACAUUUAAUGGAUUCUAAUUUACGAAUCAAUUCUCAAUUGACUGUUGAAAAACCAAAUUCAUGUGACAUAUUUCAAUGUCAAAUACGCCUAUUUCGUAAUUGGUAUCCGCAAUGGCCAAUGGAACAACGUGUACAACUGGCUGGUCGUUUAAAAGAUAUACAAUUAAGAUCAAUUAAUGUGUGA